AUGUCUUUCAUGGUCCAUAAUCGGAGGGGCAGUAAGAAGCAAUUUCAAGUGGAUCCUCUUCUUAUGCCCAAGGUUCCUCGUACCAAUUACUUGCACCUUCAGGAAGAGAAGCACAGGCUACAGUUAAAGAAAUUCCUCCUUCACAGGUUGUUUCUAGUGGGCCACAUACAAGUCAACAUAGAGAAAAAGGAAAUUUCUGAAUACUAUGAGCAACUGUUUCAGUCGAUUCUGAAGCAUCAUUUAGGUGAAGCGGUGACGGGGCUCUUGCUCAUAUACCCAAGUACUUUUCUGCACGUCCUUGAGAGUUCCAAUGGGACACUCUUCCGGAUUCUUCUAGAUUACGUUGCCCAUGAAAAGAGUGAAGCAGAGUUUAUGCUCCAAAACAUGAAAAUCAUCGUUGCUUCUCAUAACAUUCCCACGAGGCUAUUCAUGCAGUGGCAUAUCUCUAUCAUCAAAGUCCCCAUUUUGUACCUAGAUGACGACACACAGUCACAGUCUGUAGCAGAAGUCACCACAGAAUUCCUCACCAUGACUCACAAACUGGCACUCCAUCUUUACAAGACAGUGAAAGUGGGCGCGAAAGGACCAGGUGACAACUUACACCAACUUGCCCCUGAUCUCAUCCUCCCGGAACAAACUCUCAAGUACUUAUGCAAAGCUGAAGAAUUCAUGGAUCCAGCAUCUUUCUUAAGCAUGUAUAACAGACCCAUACAUGUUACCCUGGAUUCUGAUAUUGUGUGGCCGGCUCCUUCCCGUUUCUAG